CGAGACGAGGCGUCAAGCCCAAUGGCUCUACACCGCGAUCUAAGUCCAAGCAUGAAACACAGCACGGCUCAUUGUGCCACGGAAGCCGUUACAAAGCUGGCCCUUGUCGGCAACAGCAGCACCAUGUACCGAUGUCAAGGAACACCAUCAGGUUUCGUCAAUGACUUACUCGAAAAUAUAAUAAGCCUAUAUUGAAUGAUAACGUUGGAUCACUCUGCGUCUAACACCAUAGACUUUUCGCCUUAGACGCUUCGGCUUUGCUGUUACAACGAUGGCUGCGAACGGUUUGAUCACAUGCCCGGAUCCAGCAGUUGACCACCUUGACCGUCACGGCUACCUAUUUGGUUGGCCGAUUGCGCACUCAAUGAGCCCACUCUUUCACCAGACGAUAUACGACAAUCUCGGUUUACGAUGGAGUCAGUUACCACUGCCUUCCACAGAUAUGGAUCACUUCCUUCAGCUUAUUCGGCAUCCGAAAUGCUAUGGCUCCGCAGUGACCAUGCCGCAUAAGGUUGCCAUCAUUCCGCACCUUGACGACCUAACACCGGAAGGUCGAGCUGUGGGAGCCUGCAAUACUAUUUUCCGGCGAGGUUCACGAUUCGUGGGCACCAACACGGACACCAUUGGCGUGCGCGAAAGCUUUUACCAGAACGUGGCAAGUCCGGACCAGGUCUUUCACGGCAGGCCAGGUAUGGUCAUUGGAGGCGGUGGCGCCGCGCGAUCGGCAGUCUACGCCCUGGUAAACUUCAUGAAGUGCCCCACAGUCUAUCUUGUCAACCGUGAUGCCACGGAAGUUGACGCAGUGAUAGGGUGGUGUAAAUCUCAAGGCUAUGGUGAUGGACUCCAGCAUGUGUCUACGGCGGCGCAGGCGGAGGCUCUUGCGGGUCCCGGCGCUAUUGUUGCAUGCGUGCCUAACUUCCCACCAGUAACGGAAGCUGAGAAGGAGGCGCGGAGAGUAACAGAAGCUUUUUUGAGCAAAUCGCACAAAGGUGCAAUACUUGAGAUGUGCUACCAUCCAACGCCAUGGACCGAGAUCGCUGCGCUUGCAGAGAAGGCUGGAUGGCAGGUCAUCCUCGGUACUGAAGCCGUCAUCUACCAAGGCCUGGAGCAAGAUCGAUACUGGACAGGUCGACCGCUCGAAGAGCUGCCAGUCCAAAAGGUGAAGGAUGUGAUAUCGCAGGAGCUGAGCAAGGCCAGAUUGUAGCGUUCAACUGUCGCAGAUUUUGUACGGUGUAUGGAGGCAAUGCCUAUGUGAGACUAUUGGUCAUCUGAUCAAGUUUGUACUGGCUCGAUCAUACUCCGGGUCGGACAUAGUCAAGAUGCCGCACGCGCUUCCACACCUCACGAACGGUGCGCUCCUGGCCUUGCCGUCCUGUCUCGUGCUCGUUAUCACCAGCAGGUCGUAUAGCGAGGUACAGUCGCCCACCGAGCUUGACUGGCGUGAUCGGUGCAGUCAUUGGGUUCUCGGGGGGGUUGGCCGUUGUGGCCAAGCCUCCAGCUUCCUGCAGUAUACAGAUACCCGCAGCGACAUCCCACUCCCUGCAACCGCCCUCCCACCAGAUAUCAAACGACCCCAUUGCGCAAUAAGCCAGAUCUAGCGUCGCAGAGCCUAGACUUCGCACACCAUGCA